CAUGUUUUGGCCAAAUAUUUGCCAAUCAUUUCCAUAUAAAUGCAAUGAUUUAAGCCUUAAUUCAAUUCAAUUCUCGUUUAACUUUCAAUCGUUUCGCAAAUUAAAGCAAUUUUUUAAAUGUUUUUAUUGUAGUUUUUAAUUUGAUUUUAUAUAUAAAUGUUGUUUUAAUACAAGUGUUUACUUAACAUUACAAAUACAAGUGUCCGCACAAAUGGAUGUCAACUCUUCGCUAUCACUGUUGGGAUCAAUUGGUUGGUAUCAGCUGUACGUGUAUUUGCUGUCAUGUGUGCCCGUAAUCAACGCCGGGGUUGUUAUGCUGUCUCUGGUCUUCCUCUCCGCCACUCCUAAUCACCGAUGCUUUGUUCCCAACUGUGAUUCAAUGGGACUGAAUGUCAACUUCUUCGAGACGUUUGUGUCUCAAUCCAUACCAAAGACGUUGAGCUCUUUCGUG